UAUCCGCUCCGCAUGGGACCCCACAAAUGGUGACCCCGACGUGAUUCGGCUUGGACAUCAAGGCAGCCAGGACUUUGCCCAGAGUAAGCUAGCAAAAAUCAUACUAAACACAGCCGCCAGUGGAGCAGGGAUCAAUGUUCUCAGACAGUAGACCCAACAGGUGUUGUCUCAGAAGCUAAGCAAAGAGAAAGCAGAUCCAACCAGAAAAAGGAUCUGAGAGGUCAGACUCUAUGUCAUCUCUCAUGAAGAAACUGGAACAAUUGAAUUUAGAUAUUAAAAAGGCUCUCAGUGCUGGCUCUUCUCCUUCCAGCACUCCUUCUACCAAAAAGCGCAAACAGCCGUGCCCUGUUAAGGUGGAAACAGGCCUUCUUCACAAAGAUCAUCAAAGAAAGGGAAUCUGUGGGAAUAAGAGGGCAGGCUACCAAGAUUUAAAUGGUUUGCCAAGCUCAGUGUCAACUGGAGCACGACCAAAAACUGAAGCGUUCGGUAAGAAAAGGCGGAGGUGGCAGCCGCGGCAGGAGGUACCGGAGGAUACCGGCUCCUGGUCGUCCGAGAGAGACGUUCGUGAGCUCACAGGUCCUAUCUGUUCUGACCUCCCAGAUGCCUUGUGGUUUCAAACCUUCUGCCAGUUUGCACAUUAUCGCUGCUCCAACCGCAAGUACUACACCAAGCGGAUCCUGUGUCCUGAUAUGGCUCCCCCCAAAGAACCUCGUGCCCAAGGAGAGGUGUCUGAUACCAUGGGCUCCUGGGCAAAAAGCAACUGGUCUUCCCGUGCUGGGUCCACUAGCGAAGCAGCGCUGGGUCAGGCAGACCCCAGACCCACGAGUCAGACUACCCUGCUGCAUCCUGACAUCCGCCUUCACUCCAAUGUCAACACUAUUCUGAAAUAUGCCUAUGCUGUCUCGGGCCAGGAACCAGUGAUCAGGAAGCACAUCCCAGGUGUGCCGACCCAGAGAAGUCUCAAGCCUGGAGGGGACCCAGAGCUGGCAGGCCCCCUGCAAGUCCAGCCAGUCACAGCCACCCCUGAAACUUCCCCGUCAGCCAUAAGACCCAGUAUCAAGACUGGAAGGGCCACAGAGCAGCACAUGCAGCAGAGCAUCCAGCAGCUGAUCAACUCAGCUCUCUCCUUGGAGGGCUCUCCGGAGAUGGAGACCAUUCAGGUGCCCCUAGGCACUGCACCAGAUUGGAAGGGCUCAUUCAGCAGUGCCCAGGAAGGGAUCCCAGAUGCAAGCAGCAGUGGCAGCCUCUUAGCUCUGGAGAGGGAUGAGGCUCUGGUGAUUCUCUGCUAUGCAAUGCUGGAGGGGAUCUGCCUAUCAUCAGCCAUUACCCAGGCUUGGAAGCGAAUGGAGGCAAGAACCUUUGGAUUUGGAGAUUCGGUGUGCGAUAGUCUUGGAAGACACCACAUGGAUCUAUGCCCUGACUGUGCCUUCUGCUCACUGAAGAGGGAGCAGUGCCAUGGGGUGUCAGAUCUGAGACGUGUUCACUGCAAUGUUGGCACCUUCACUACCUACAUCAACCCUGAGAUCUCUGUCCAGUAUCAGGCUGUGGGCAAUAAGGUUGGUUCCCUGGAGGCAAUGGGGUAUUAUGGGAUGGAGGUGUAUGGAGGGCUGCGUGCAGAUUAUUGGUGUGGCCGCCUGGCCACGCACGGCUGUGAUGACCCCCGCGUGAUCCUUUGGCUGCAAGUGGAAUAUGCUUUCUUCCAAGGAGGAGACUUCCCAAACAAAAUCUGUGACUCAGAUAGAGUUCAGCACCCUAAUUACUGUGCAUUCAAGAGUCACCAGUGCCUACAGCGCAGCCUCAGCAGCCAGAAGGUGCUUCGUCAUGGUUGCCGCAGGAACGAGACAUACCAAGUGCUGAGUGAAGAGAAAGGCGAGGAGGAGGUGCUGCUCUGGAGCCAGAAAUUCUUCAGCUUGACUGAGGGAUGAGUGGAGGAGAGAGGACAGAGGGAGACCCCAGGGAUGAAGGAAAAAGGGGGCAUAGGGCACUGAAUGGACCCUGUGGAGGCAGAGAGAUGAGGAGAAACUUGAUAGGACCUGAAGCAACUUUUCCCAACCUCUGUCUGUCUCUCUGUCCCCAGGGAUAACGUCUGGUGCCCACCCUUGCUUUCAUGCAAGUGCCACAGCCUCCUCUCUGCUCCAUACAGCAGUGUGAAUGACAGCACCCCAGAAUUCACUGGGGAAUCCCUGACCUUGGCAUUUCAUUUGACACCAACCCGGGCACUGUACAGUUUCAGCUGUCCCCCAGGUGCCUCUAAGGGUCAGCAGCUGGGAAAAGGGACUCCAGCAACAGGAGCGGCAUCAGCCCUGGGGUGAUUCACUUGGAGUCUCUGCCAGUUUCCAGGUUCCUGCCUGAUGGCCCUUGCCCAAAGCCCACAAUGUCUUUUACCCUCAGGCCUCCUGCCAUGGACACAACCAGUGGGUUGUUUCCUAUAUAUUAUGUUUUGGUUUAUAAAGAGCCUGUUCAGCCAA